AUGAAGCCUGAAGAUCAGAUUUCGUAUUUCAUGAAAGUUAAACAAGCAAGGUCCCCAUAUCCCGCUGCCCAAAGAGCUCCAAAAUUUCCAAUUACUACUCAAUCAUCACUUCAAUCCUUGCCCCCUCCACCUCCACCUCCACCUCCCCCCACCCCAAACCAUCAACCUCUGCACUUCGCCACCCUCACCAUGGCAGUUUCAGAAUCAGAAAAAAGCUCAAAAAAUGCACGUAAAAGUUCAACUUUCUCUCGUCGUUCACCGAAACUCCCAAUCCAUCUCCUUGCCAUUUGUGUCAUACUCAUAGUUAUCUUCGAAAUCCAAUCCCUCCACACCCCACCACCAUCACUUUCGUGGAACUUCAUGAAUCAAUGGAAAACGGCUACAAACUCGAGCACGACGACUUUUCAAGAUUGCACUCAAAAGCUCAAAACCAUGGCCUCGAAAGUGCAAAGCGCGGUAACUUUUCUUCCCCUAAAAGACCUACGUUACUCUAGCACUGCUCAGCAAGGACACACAUGGUUCAUGAGCUCCAUGUAUGAUACACACGAAGAAGGUGAAGUCCAAUACCAAAAAUUCCCAUCACAAGCCUCAAAAGGUAGACUUCUGUGCCUUAAGGGAAACGACACGCACGAUGGAUCAUGGAAUUCAUAUGCACUUGCAUGGCCUCAAACUCUACCUGAAAAUGCCACCCUUUUGGAAGGCCUCACUUUUGUGUCAUAUAACCAUUAUAAUUAUGAUAAUAUAUGGCAUGGUUUAUCCGCUAUGGUACCCUUUGUUGCAUGGCAUAUUAAGAAUCAAUGUGCAGUGCCAAGAAGGUGGAUUUUGUAUCAUUGGGGUGAAUUGAGGACAAAAAUGGGACCUUGGUUGACGACUUUAAUGGAAGCAACAUAUGGCGAAGCCUUAAUCAUCGAAAAAUUUGACGGGACUAAGGAGGGGAAUGAUCAGAUUCCGGCUUGCUUUGAGGAGGCAGUGGUGAUGAGGCACAAUGAAGGGGGGAUGUCCAGAGAAAAGAGAAUGGAAGUUUAUGAUUUGUUGAGGUGCAAGGCUCGGGCAUAUUGUAAUGUGAGCUUGGAGGGUAGAAUUGCCGAGGUUAAUCAAAAAGGGGUGCCGGUGAUCGGAAUGACAAUGUUCAUGAGGACUGGACCAAGGUCAUUCAAGAAUGACAUGACCGUGAUCGGCAUCUUCGACAAGGCGUGCCAAAAAGUGGAGAGCUGCCGGUUGCUGGUGGCAUAUUCUAAUAACCUCACCUUCUGUGAACAGGUGAAACUAAUGAGUUCAACAGACAUUUUGAUCUCUCCACACGGGGCACAAUUGACAAACAUGUUCUUCAUGGACAGAAACAGCAGUGUAAUGGAAUUCUUCCCCAAGGGAUGGUCAAAACUGGCCGGCGUUGGUCAAUACGUGUACCACUGGAUUGCUAGCUGGUCCGGGAUGGUACACCGGGGCGCAUGGCGGGAUCCCGAUGGCGAUCAAUGCCAGUAUCCCGACGACGACCGCCGGUGCAUGGCCAUUUAUAAAGGUGGCAAAAUUGGAUACAAUGAAAGUUUCUUUUCUGAAUGGGCCGGACAUGUGCUUAAUGAAGUGAAGAUUAGGAAGGCAGAAGAAAUAGUCUUAAAGAAGAACACAACUGGUAUUUCUAGUGCUUGUGGUUGCACCUAA